UUUCUUUGGAGAACGGUCCAUACGCUUCAUACAACACAAUUAUGGAGCAGUCGCCAAACAGCAAGGUGCAUCUGGAGAAGGCACAAAACUUCAUGCGCCAGUACCGGGAUCCGGAGUCGCGCGAGCUGAAGAAGCUGUCCGCCAACCAGUUCAUGGACGUCUGGAGCCAUUACGAUCGCGAUGGAAACGGUUACAUCGAAGGUUCCGAGCUGGACGGAUUUCUCAAGGAGUUUGUCUCAAGCGCCAACGCGACCGACAUCAGCCCGGAGUCGCUUACCGAUGAGAUGCUGGUAGAGCUGAAGUCAUGCUUUAUGGAGGCGUACGACGAUAAUCAGGAUGGAAAGAUCGACAUCAGAGAGCUCGCCCAGCUGCUCCCGAUGGAGGAAAACUUUUUGCUGCUCUUUCGGUUCGAUAAUCCGCUCGAAUCGAGCGUCGAAUUUAUGAAGAUCUGGCGAGAAUAUGACUCCGACAACAGUGGCUACAUUGAGGCGGAUGAACUAAAGAACUUCCUGCGGGAUCUUCUGAAGGAGGCGAAAAAGAUAAACGACGUGUCAGAGGACAAAUUGAUCGAGUACACGGAUACCAUGCUACGAGUGUUUGAUGCAAACAAAGAUGGAAGACUGCAGCUGUCGGAGAUGGCAAAAUUGCUUCCAGUGAAAGAAAACUUCCUGUGCCGGCAGGUGUUUAAGGGUGCCGCCAAGCUAACGAAAGAAGACAUCGAAAAAGUGUUUUCACUCUACGACAGAGACAAUAAUGGUUCGAUUGAGAACGAAGAAUUGCGAGGUUUCCUGAAGGAUCUGCUCGAGCUAGUAAAGAAGGACUAUGAUGCGCAGGAUUUGAUCGAGUUUGAGGAAACGAUUUUGCGCGGCGUCGGCUACGACAAGGAUGGUAAAAUUUCGCGCAAAGAGCUGACGAUGAUUUUGCUGGCGCUCGCGAAACUCCCGCCAGAGGACGAUCAGUAAUUAAUGGCGUCGGCGGUCUGCAUCGAGACUACUAGUAGCAGCCAGCCCUGUAGUAGUAGUGGUAGCAGCAGCCAGGACCCGAUCACCAAGGACCUCUUUCCGCCCAUCGCCAGCGUGCAGGACGGCAUCAGGGAUCUGUAUCGUAAGUUUCGGCGAAAGAUUCACAAGAAGGACUAGCAG